GCUGUUGGAUGUAAACAUUGUUUGUUUGACAGCUCUGUACUACGAGACAUCGGCUCUAAGUUUACUGAAACUAUGACAGAAACUGCUCCUGCUCCCGCGGCUGCUCCGGCCAAAGCCCCGAAGAAGAAGGCGGCAAAGGCGAAAAAGUCUGGAGCAAGCGUGUCAGACCUUAUCGUGAAGGCGGUUGCCGCUUCCAACGAGCGCAAAGGAGUUUCCCUGGCAGCUCUAAAGAAGGCUUUGGCAGGUGGUGGAUAUGACGUUGAGAAAAACAACUCUCGCGUCAAGAUUGCUUUGAAAUCUCUGGUGAAAAAGGGGGCGCUUGUUCAAACUAAAGGCACCGGGGCAUCAGGAUCCUUCAAGGUGAGCAAGAAACCAGCCGCCAAGAAACCCGUCAAGAAAGUUGUGGCGAAACCGAAGAAGCCAGUCGUGAAGAAGGCGGCGGCCAAGGCUGCGAAGCCCAAGAAGGCAGCAGUAAAGAAACCUACCCCGAAGAAAUCUCCCAAGAAAGUGAAGAAACCGGCAGCGCCCAAGAAAGCCACCAAAAGCCCGAAGAAAGUGAAGAAACCGGCUGUGAAGAAAGUUGCAAAGAGUCCUAAGAAGGUCAAAGCAGUGAAGCCUAAAGCCGCAAAGCCCAAGGCUGCCAAGGCGAAGAAGACAGCUGCCAAGAAGAAGUAGACUGACAGACUUCACUCCAUAAACCAAAGGCUCUUGUAAGAGCCACCCCAUCUUCACAGAAGUGCAAAUGUUCCUUUUGCAUGUAAGAAGGCCUAAUGCCUUUUUAAUAGACUGAGAAAAUGUUUUUAAGUGGGAUGUGACGCUGUUUUGAGCUGUCUUGUCGUAGUCUUAUUGCUUCUAAAUAUCACCAGCGCGAGCGAGCAGCACAAUGCUGUGGAAGACUUUUAUUAAGAUCGGUUUAUAUAAACACAUGACAGUCUCUACCUCUGUACCUGAUACAUAAAGCCGAUUACUUGGUGUAGAUUUUCAACCCUUCAGAGAUUAGAAGAGUCCGCUGGUUGGAAAGUGUCCAAAAUGUGCAUACAUUAGGCUAACAGUUUGUUCAAAGUUCAUCGUGUGCGAGCGUGUGUGCACGUGCGUAUGUGACUAAAAAAGUUAAGUGUGUUUUAUCACUAUGAUUCAUGUUAUAUUUAUAUUUUGUAUUGGAUUAUACGAGACUUUCCUGUAAAUACAGCAAUACAGAACAAACACUUAAUUUAUUAAUAGUUAAGCGAUGGUUUGUUGAAUGUUACUACCAAAGGCAAAAUACAUUCCAUCAGUGAAAAUAUUUUUUUUUUUUUUUUGUAUACUUUUUUCUUAACAUGUAUUCAUAAACUUAUAUUUUGUCCAUGAACCUGUUUUAGUAUAAAACUCCUAAUAAAAACAAAUAUGAUAUGAUAUCAGAAUGA